AAUGUGUGCAGAGUUUGUCAUUGAAUUGAAUGACAGAUAAAAUUGAAAUGAAAAGCAAAACACUAUUUAACGAAACAUUUCCUCACAAAUGGUUUAAAUGUGAAUGAAAUCAAUGUUUGUUUAAAUGACAAUCAAAACAAGUGUUUAUCAAUUGAUCACAACUUCAAGGCUCAGUCUGUCGUCAACUCUAUUGCCAUUGAAAACUCAUUUAAAUGACAAGUCUUUCAGAAAUUCAAUCAAAUUAGUGUCAAAUACGAGUCAACUGAAGAUGAGUUCAAACGGAUUGAAUGCAUCCAAAAGAGACGCCGCCUUCAGAGCCGUCGACAAUCACCUGAAGAAUGGUCUCAAAGUAGGCAUCGGUAGCGGAAGUACUAUAGUGUUCGCCAUCGACAGGAUCGCCGAGAAAGGGUUGGAUGUGAUGUGUGUCCCGACCUCCUUCCAGUCAAAGCAAUUGAUUCGUGAGAAAGGCUUACGUCUCAGCGAUUUAGAGGAGUGUCCGCAACUGGAUGUGACCAUCGAUGGCGCCGAUGAAGUAGACGUCGAGUCACUAAUACUGAUCAAAGGCGGCGGAGCGGCGCUCACUCAGGAGAAGAUAGUCGCCAGCGCUUCCAAAGAGUUGAUUAUUGUCGCCGAUUAUACCAAAGAGUCCACAGAUUUGGGCCUAAAGUGGACGAAAGGACUUCCCAUUGAAGUGAUUCCUAUGGCCUAUAAGACUGUUACGAAUAAAAUUGAAAAGCAAUUUAAGGGAUCAGCGGUUCUUCGUAUGGCGAAAGCAAAAGCCGGUCCUGUGGUCACAGAUAAUGGAAACUUCGUAAUCGAUUGGAUGUUUCCCGCGAAGACCAAAGAGGAGAAGAGAGACAUAAAGUAUUGGUCUGAAGUGAACACAAGUAUCAAAAUGAUGGCCGGAGUCGUGGAGACGGGACUCUUCAUUGGUAUGACUACUCGCGUAUACUUCGGCCACAAUGACGGCUCAGUCACUACUUUUCCCAAACUAUAG